AUGCCACGUCCGUUCUCCGCGCACUUUACUCCCUCCCCUCCUUCGACACCUGUGCAGCAGUGCCUCCGCUGCAUGUCCAUCAGCCCCCUUCGCUCGAUCCUGGGCGCCCUCUAUCUACUCCCAAGACACCCAGCUGCUCGGACCCCUCCCUACGUCGACAUGCCCGGUACGUGUGCCCCUAGCUUCAUCCUUCGACCGCGCCUCUGCCUCUCGCGCGAACCCGACCUUGUGGACCGUGCUGCUAGCUGCAAGUCGCCUUUUUGUAUCUGGUGGCAAGUCGGUAUCGACUGGCGGCGCGAACCCGACCCUGUGGAUCGCGGCUUUCAGUCGACACCGCUCCCGCCUCUCCUCUACUCGGGACGAGGCCCAUUUCUACGCUGGGAUCAUCCGCUAAUGGAGCCUCUGCAGGCUGGCGCUCGACGCGGCCCGCCGCCGCAUGCUCUGAAGGGUGAAGAUUGGACCGCUGUCGUCGCCGCUGCCACUGGCGCACUCGAUAGGGCCGACCUCCUGCUACACAACCCACCGAAAAGGAUGCGGUGA